CACCAAUUUAAAAAUUUUUCGUUACCAAAUUCGUCUAAUAAUAAAAUAAUAAAACCGACGGCUAGAAUGCCCAUAUAGUCAUGCCAUUAUUGGAAUGACAGUGAAAAACCGUACUUGGCAAACGUUGUACGAGCCCAAAUAUGGAAAACCGGUAAACAUUACCAUGUGGAAUAACAAGGAUUUCGAAUCUACCGGUCGGGAUUUAACGGUGCCUUCAAGAUUUAUGAAAUCAUGGAACGCUGUAUUGAAUUUCCUUACAAUGAGGCUACAACCACGACAAGGAGCAGUCAGAAAGAUUUAUCAUUUAGAAACGAAAAAGCUCGUUCGCUGUCUCGACGAAAUAAAAUCAAAUGAAAAAUAUAUUGCAGUGGGUGCGGAAAAAGUUAAAUUUAUAAAAAACGGAUAUUUAACUGAAGAAGAAAAAAAAGUUCGGGGUUUAGCGAUAAAAGCCCCAUCACAAUGGCACCAAGGGCAAGGGCGUCAUCUAGAUAACGUAAAAUCAUUAGAAAACUUCAUGGAAAUGACUCAAAAAAAUAAAAGAACAGUGAUGUACGUAAUGGUGUCUGGUAGGACAUGUCAAACGCCCCUAAAAGUUGUACUAAUCGAACGAGACCUUGAGGAUCCUAAGGUACUUCUGGAUUAUUUGGCUUAUCGUUUGGAUGUCGGUGAAGGCAUCAAAUAUUUGUGCAAUAAACAAGGAAAAAUAAUAAAAAAGCCUUAUAAACUAAAGCAUGGCGAAGUAUACAUUGCAGUACCAUUUAAUGGCAAAUUUAUUAAGCAAGAUUAUUCAAAACUUUUUAAGGAACAAUAUCCGCAGAGACCGUCAUUAGAACCGCCAGAUGUCAGUUAUGGCUGCAAAAGGAGAAAAAAGAAGGCACCUGUAGACACUGCAAGCUCCCCAGAAUUAAUCGAAACAUUCGUUGGUCCCGAGGAUGUUGGAAAAAGUGAAGACCGUGUUGCUGAUUUCACUACUUUUUCUGAAAUUACCUUGGAAAAAAAGCCACUUCCAUCAACUACACCAUCAUGUUGCGCACAGAUGAUGGCGUUGAACAAGAGAGUGUCCUUUCAUGAGUCACAUCCUGUAAGUCUAUUUUUUAUUUGUAUUCUAUUCAUCAAAGUGGAAAAUUCGAUUGAUGAGUUUCAACAAGUCGAUAGUUUUGUAACCACAUCAGAAGUUGAAGGGUUUCAACAAGACGAUAGUUUUGAAACCACAUUAGAAACAGCUGCAAGCGAUUCCUCAUCAGAAAUAACAAUUUACAAAAUUGAAACAUCAUCCAUGGAAAUUUUCAUUACCAACGAAUUUUUAAUGAACAACGAAACGAAGCCCAGAGUUUCUUUGGAAAGUGGUACGGUAGUAGAGUUUUUCCCUUUGCCAGAAAACAAAAGCGAAAUAAAAUUGUUGAAAACUUUUUCUAUGCCAAUCCAUUUGGAGAGGAAACUAUAUUUUCGAGAAAACAAAAACGAUGAAACAUCUAUAGAAGAUUAUCAACAAUGGGUAGAAAAAUUGUACAAUAUUGAUGUUGAUUGCAAUGAAACUGAAACAAAAUUGGACCUGACUUCCAAAAUUAGUCAAACAACUAUCCAAGCUCUCAGCAUUGUUAACUUACCAAGUCUGGCUCUAGAAUCAAGCAAAAAAGCACAACAAAUACCAGUUAAUAUAUUGAUGACUCAAACUCUUGAAGGUUUUAUUAAUCGUAUAUUUUUAGAUUUUCAAGAGAAGAAUGAAAACCAUUUUGUGGAGUAUCAUAAUCAAGUAUUGGGAUCCAUCGAAGAUCUAGUUCCAAUACCGAUACAAGAUCCAAACAGGUAUUCAAUUCUGAAAAACAAAGAUGAAGUGUUUAAUGGGCCCAUAACGUCGCCAAAAGAUACGUCAUCAAGAAUCGAUAAGAAAUUUUUUAGACACAGAGACAGCAUUCAUGUGUCUCGAUUCUCAAGGGAGAUAUCACUGAUAUCAGCAUCGGUAAUUUGUCAGCAAUUGAUAGACGAGAUGCUCGAUGAAGUUUCUAGGAAUGUAUUUGAAGAUGAUGCAGAAAGUGAAGACGAAUUGAUAAACGACAUGACCGAUGUAGAUUCUUCAGAUCAAGAGAAAACAUGUAAAUGCGUAAUAGCAGAAGAAACUCCUCCAGAUUCAAUCACUGAAGGUUUAGUAGAUCAGGGAAGUAGAUGUUCGUACAUAACAGCAGACUCAGUUGAUAAUACUUUCUCUCGAUUUAAAAAUUUUUUUGCAAGUGGAAACACAUCGGAAGAAGAUCUGAUCAAUGAUCUUAAUAUGCGAAAAGUGUCGUGCAUAAGAUCGGAAGAAGCAACUUGUCCAGUUGACGAAGCUAAUGAACAAAUUAUUAAGGGACAAUGUUCGUGUGUGCAAAUAGACGCAACAACAGUUGGGAUUCAAAAACACUGGAAAAGUAAAGACGAAUUGGACGAAAAAUCUGUUCAAGCUGAUACAGAUGAAGUGGUUUUAAAUUAUCACGAUCCAACGACUAAAGAUAUUUCUGACAUUUAUGAAAAUUUUGAUAGAACUAGUUAUUUGUCGACUGACACAGCCAUUUCGCAAAUGGAUAUAGAAUGUAAAACAAACAAGUGCCACAAAGCAGAAUAUCCGGAACCUACGUUGGAAAUAAAUAGUAUACCUACGAGUAUUUCUGCAAGUUUUCUCGGAGAUGAUCUGGAUCCAUUCGAUUAUCCUAUACAAUCUGAAGCAGAAGAGUCAGCAGGAAGGAUAGGCAGAUCAUCAAAAAAUGCCGAAAAUACAUAUAGCGAUGUUACUGCAAAACAAGUUUCUUUCCUGAGCGUGGUUUCAAAUGCUCCAACUAUAAUUUUAGAAAGAAAAUCCUCUUUCACGGAUUUAAUCGGUUUCGAUGAAGAAUCGGAUAAGGGCGUUCAAAAAAGCUGGGAAGGUCAAUAUCAUGACCCUCCUCCGAGCCCAUCUUAUAAUCAACGCCUCGAACGAAUAAACGGCGUGAGAUCUGAAGAGUUUUUGGAAUUGAAACAACCGGUAGCUGUAUAUGGAUAUUCUCAAUCAGAAAAAAUCUCAUCGAGCGAUAUUGAAAGGCAAUUUUCCGUUGACAGUCUCGAGUUGGGCAGAAAUUCUUCUUACAUGGAUUUAACUAAAAUCGAUGAAGGAUUGUGUAUCGAGGACAGUUGGGAAGCAAAUCAAAUAUUGGAACCAAUCGAAGAUCCAGUUCCAAUACCGAUACAAGCUCCAAUAAACAUGAUUGAUAUAGUUUCUGAAGAAAAUGCGAAUGUAUUUAUAGAUGCAGAAAGUAAAGACGAAAUCAUAAACGACAUGACCGAUGAUGAAGAUUCCUCAGAUCAAGAGGGAACAUGUAAAUGCGUAAUAGCAGAAGAAACUUCUCCAGGUUCAAUACAAAACGAGUUCGCUGAAGGUUUAGUAGAUCAGGGAAGUAGAUGUUCGUACAUAACAGCAGACUCAAUUGAUAAUACUUUCUCUCGAUCUCAAAAAUUUUUUGCAAGUGGAAAUACAUCGGAGGAAGAUCUGAGCAAGGAUCGUAUUGAGAGAAAAGUGUCGUGCAUAACAUCGAAAGAAGCAACUUGUCCAGUUGAUGAAGCUAGUGAACAAAUGAUCAAGGGACAAUGUUCGUGCUUGAAAAUAGGCGCAAAAACAAUUGGAAUUCAAAAAGACUGGAAAAGUAAAAACGAAUUGGACGAAAAAUCUGUUCAAGCUGAUACAGAUGAAGUGGUUUUAAAUUAUCACAAUCCAGUGACUAAAGAUAUUUCUAGCAUUUAUGAAAAUGUUGAUAAAACUAGUUAUUUGUCGACUGACACAGCAAUUGAACAAAUGGAUGAGUGUGAAACAGAAAAGUGUCACAAAGCAGAAUGUGUUCUUGGUUGCAGUCUUAUUUGUUUGAAAGAGUGUCCAGAAGACAAUAGAUGUUUUAAAGAUUUGCAAAAAUAA